UCGACUUCCCUUUUCACGUUCCCACCUGCUACGUUGAGGCUGUGUUUCUGCCAUGACAGUCAUCGCAUGUGGUCAUCCGCUUACGAUUAGACUGUGGAUAAACAAGGCCGACUGACGCUCUCAGUCACACCGUUUCUGGCCUCUUGUCCCGCCAGAUUACCACUGACGCUCUUCGCCAUACUUUUCUCGCUAGAGUCUGGUGUGGUGGAACUAUCAUUCAGCCUUAACAUCAAUACGAGCUUCCUCCGUCAGUGACCCGGCCUUUCUUCUCGAAACAGGGUUGCCCUCGUCUGUACCGAGCCUGACCAUGUGGCAUAGUGCUCCCACUUAAGGCACACAUUGUGAACCAUCCCUCUUCGACCUCACCUAUCUUACCUGAUAGCCAACCCGACCGUCCUCCAUCUAGCACAGUCGACUUCGGACGGCCAUAGAGGUCAACACGACUCUUCCCAGCUAUAGCCUCUCCAGUUUGGUACGGGAAAUGGCUGGAGCUGGCGGACCUCCCCGUAAAAGUCAUACCAAGUCACGCAAGGGGUGUAGGACUUGCAAACGCCGACACAUCCGCUGCGAUGAGAAUUUCCCCCAGUGUCGAAAUUGCACCAAGCACAACUGCCGUUGCGACUAUAUGGACAUACCGGCAGCUGGAGAAGAGCCUUUGAAAGGCUCCAAACCACCAGACCUUCUAAUGUCACCCGAACUCCAAAGUCGCCUCGACAACUGGCGUAUAACUGGAGAACCGCCUCUGUCAGAGUUGCAAACACGGGAUAAAGUCUACUGGACGCGAUUUUCGACGAUCGAUCUUCGACUAAUACACCAUAUCGUCACACUGUCGACAGACAUGCACACCAGAGGCUACAGCAGCUGCACCGUAUGGGGCUCGAAGAUCGGCUCACUCAUAUCUGCCGCUUUGUCGUACGACUUUGCCAUGAGCGCCCUGCUUGCAUUGUCUGCGUCGCAUCUCGCAUGGCAGACGAAGAAUGGAGAUACGGACAAUUUGGCGUACCACCACCGAGGAGUCGCCUUGAAAGGACUACAUGAGGCGAUUGGAGCAUUCUCCAGGGACAACUCUGAAGCCAUACUUGCGGCAUCUAUCCUCCUUUCCUGGCAGACCACUGAUUGGCGUGGAUGGGCUUCACUGCAACAAGGAGUCUCCACGGUGAUGAGCGCAAUGAGACCCUGGGUGCAUGAAUCCGAACUUGCUAGAUACAUACAGGAGCAGCGAGCAAUGGCGCGGACAGGAACGCCUGCAACACCCACACUACCAUAUGCGCAGGUCAAUGUGCCUCAGGAAGAUCUGAGUAGACUCGAGCAGAUUACAGCUGCUUUGCAUAAUUUGCAGAUGCGACUGUCGAACAGUGAGGAACUCGCGGAGCACGCCAGGCACUUGGUGGAAUACCUGCAGCACAUACAGCAAGACAUGCAAGUCCGAGGACCAGAGCACGCCUUCACCAGGUUACAACUUCUGAGAGAUUUCAUCUUCUGGCUGCCUCCUCUCAUUCUGCGACCCGGAGAAUCCGACCUGGCUCCAUUAGCCCUUCUGUCGCACCUCUACGCCAGCGCUAUCGCCAUUGAACCUCUAUUUCCCGAGAUAGGUGGGGCUUAUUUGGGCAGCAUGUCUGUUCUACCUCUUGAGUGCGUCCACGAUGUUUUGAGGACGAGACGAACAACUCAAACGCAGGAUACUGGCAUCCAAGUGGCGCUGUCGUUGACAGACGUCCCUGUACAACUCCUGACAUCGUUCCGAAUGAGACAGCGGCAUAAUAGUCAGGGCGGCCAGGCAAUGGAUAUGUAUCGAUAUUCACCCCAGGGGAGUCCAUACACAACACCAAGCAUGCCGAUAUCUUCCUCGACAUCCGACCUCACCACCGUCUACUCUCACUCACCUCUUCAUGGCUCUGGGGCUCUUCAACAAACCCCCUCGUCGGCGUACUAUGCAACCACAGUUGGUUCAGGCGAUCCCAGGCGUGAUCCUUCUAUCUCAUCUCUGGUGCGGGCACAUUCAAUGAAUGAACGCAACAUGAGCUCUGGAAGCCCGCAUGCGAUGGGUCUCGUGUACGGAGCCAGUAGUGCGCAGUAUCCUCGCAGCAGUCACGAAUUCCCCGGGUCAAGGGUGGACUAUUUUGGACAAGUUCAAGCGCCGUACAAUCAAUAUGGCGGCAUGAACAUGAAUACUCGGUUCGUCGCUCCUUCACAACUUUGGACUUGA